AUGCACAUGUCGGCACGCCACCGUCUAACGAACGCCAGCAUCCUCUCGAACAUCAAGAGUAUGGCGGAUGAAAAGGACGACUUGACGAGCAAGCUGGUGUACCUGCGGCGUCGGCAGGAGGACGCCAUCGCGUUCGCAGUGAAGGAGAAGGAGAUCCUCGCAGAGAAGGCGAAGCGGCAGCUGGCCGUGGAAGAGGAGAAGCUGAAGGUGGAGGCGCGCAUAGAGGCGCUUAUCUCCGAGGCGGCACAGCUCGGCGGCCCGGCGGCAGCGCAGCGCAUGCGAGAUGAGAUCGCGAAGGACAAGAGCCGCUACGUUCGCUCUGUCGACGCCUUUGGCGACAAAACGGUGCGGCUGCAGCACACCUUCGCCGGCCUCGCAGAUAACCGCAUUAUCCACUGGUGGGAGUACGCGUACUGGAACUAUAUCCGCUACUUCUUCACGCAGGAACUCCUCAUCGCCAAGGACCGCUUCGGCAACAAGUUCACCGUGACGUGGCAAUUCCUGAAGGGGCGUGAGGAGCAGCGCCGCAUGUACCGCAAGGACUCCAAUAAGAAGCAUCAACCGUACGGCGCGCUCGCGACGGAUGAGCGGCUGUGGGAGCGAUGGAUGCGUGGCCACCGCGGUGACCCGCCGAGCGUGGCCGAGGAGGAACAUCUCCGCGACUACAAGAAGCAGUUCUUCGGCGCGAUGGUGCUGGAAGACGAGGAGGUCGAGGACGCGCUGAUGCGGCUGAUGGCACACAUGAACCGCGCCUCGCAGACCUUUCAAGAGCUGGAUGAAGACCAGGUGUACGGCGACGCCCUUCGCGCUGCGAAGCCGCUGCGUGAGACGGAGCGCAAGCCCGGUGAGGAGAUGUCGGCGCGUCAGAAGCAGAAGGGCGCGACGUGGACGCUGGGCUUCGCCCGUGGCGACCUCUUCUACAACGAGGAAGAAACCCAGGUGAUGCGAACGGAGAUGGGCCACCUUUUCCGUAACAUGGAGUGGCAGGAGCUGGAGUACAAGCGGCAGGUGCGCAUGAACAAGCAGCAGCCACCGCACGGCAAGCCGCCAGAGGGGACGACAGACCCGAACACGCCAGACGGCGACCCGAUGAACCACUACUGGGAGCGCACUGACUUGGGCAUUCCGUACCACGACGCCGUCCCCGACCUCACGACACCGGAGCUGGAGCGUAUGCGUAUCGAGUCGGACCAGUUAGAGGACGAGCGGCUCGCAAUCCGAAAGGAGCUGGGGCUCACGGACCUGGGGGACAUCCGCGAAGGGCGCGAGCCCAUCAAGCGUGAUCAUGCCCCAUUCCAGCCGCCACCAGUGUCUCAGCGGUGGAAGCCAAAAUGCUGGGAGGAGUCGUGGGGCACUGGGAGCGGUAUGAAGUACUGA